CCGGAGGUCAGAGGUCAAGGGCCUAGCCGGUGGCUGGGGUUGCAACGCGCGGAGGGCAUCGGGGUGGGAGCCCCGGCGGGCGGCGGGGAUGCGGGACGAGAUCGCCGCCACCGUGUUCUUCGUGACGCGGCUGGCCCGGCGGCACGGCCGUCUGAGCGGGGACCGGCUGGACGACUUCGCCGCCCGGCUCAGCCAACUGCUGCUCGACGCCUACGGCGCGCACUGGUACCGCCACGACCCCUGCCGGGGCCAGGCCUUCAGGUGCAUCCGGAUUAACCACCACCAGCAGGUCGACCCCCUCCUGGAGCGCGCCUGUGCCGAGAGCCGCGUGGACUUUGCCCACCUGGGGCUGCCGAAGGAGAUGACCAUCUGGGUGGACCCGCUGCAGGUGUGCUGCAGGUUCGGGGAGAAAAACCCGCCCUUCCCGGUGGCCAGCCUGGCCGGCAAGGCCCGGUGGGAGAUCUCCCAGCAGAUCAGCCGGGCCGUCGACAGGGCCACGUCGGACUACGGUUCCGGCUCCUCCUCGGACGAGGAGACGUUCAGCAGGGAGCCGCGGGCCAUCCCCAAGGUCCGCAACCCCAAGAGCGUGUACCAGGUGAACACGUUGGCCCUACCCGCCCUGCACCCGUGGCUGCAGUAUUCCCGCAGGAAGGGGCCGCCCGACGGCCGCCCGCACGCCUCGGCCGGGCCCGGCUGCGUCCUCCACAAGGGCUACAAGGGCCACCGAGUGGCCGCUGCGCUGGCCGGACCCCGGCUAGAUCGGUACCACUGGGUCAACACCAAUCACUGAGGCCGCGGCCGAGCUUCGCCCCGGGUGGGGCGGUGGUCGCACCCCGGUCCCCGGCGGGAUGGGAGGCGGUUUUAGACUGAAGAGAUGCUUUUAAAUGAGGUUUUACGUACGAUGUGUUGUUUGUGGUCGGGGGUGAGGACGGCCUCCCGCCGCCGACGGGUGAAAAGUAAAAUGGACACUAAUAAAUGGCAUGUGACUUUUA